GAUUGCCUCUGGUGAUAAGUGCUACUGAAGAUGUCAGAAGUAGAGUGGAGGCGGAAAUGGAAGCCAGAUUUGAAAGCAUGUCCGUGGCAACCGAUAACGAUUGCCAGUCAACAGUAUCUGUUCAAAUGCAUGUACACACACAGUUCAUACGAACUAUUGUUUACAGACAACGUGAAGUUCUGGUUUGAACAACUCGAAGGAGAUGAUUUGGAGGAAAGAACUGUUGCACUGAAUCCAAGUGUGAAAGCAACACCAACAAGGAUUCUGGAUGAAAUACAGAACUGCCUUGAGAAACCGUCAAAGAAAACUAAUUUAUCAGCAUCACGUAAAAAGAACAAAUUCGUUAUAAAUGUUGAUUCACAAUUGGCAGGAAUGGCUUUUGUUUGGCAGUUUCGUUGUGAGGAGGCAGACAGCAGCAUGAUUUCAGAGAACUUCAAUGUACCUUUAUUGGCAAUGGUUGCUGAAUUAACUCGUCGAAAUAAAGAAUUGAUAAAAAUUAUAGAAGCCAAAGAUAAAGAAAUUGAUGACUACAAAUCUCAGGGGGCCAAAACAUCUAGGAAGCAUAUAGAAACUGCCAUGUUUGUAACCACUGCAUUUGAGAAUGACAUGAUUAUGUCAAGAGAUUUUGAAGAGGAAGUGAAGCGACUUGGAUCUUCUGGAUUUUCUGAGGACAAUCAGGAUCUGUACAGACAGAUCAUGACUCGUUACGCAUACUUAACUAGACCAGUGGCAGCAGAGGAGACAACAGAUGAAUCUGUAGAUGAUAAGAAGACCCCUUCUGUAAAUUCAUGGGAAAUCAACAGAUUACCAGCCUCUCUAGCUGACCGCAGUCCUGUUAAAUCUGUAAACAACUCACCACAAAAAAGUCCAGCCAAGAGCAGCAGCUCCGAAGAACCAUCACCAGUCAAGGAUUCAGAGUUACUCAGGAGACAAGCACUGGAGAGAAAGCUCGAGGAUGAAGAGAGAAAGAAGAAUGAACCCAAGAAAAAGAAGAAAAAGAUUGCCUUCUGAUAACCACCAUUCUGAAACUAAAUCUGAUGGACAUUUGAUACAGAUUUCAGUGUACAUGUACCUCAAAAAUUUAACAUGGAUAACAUACAGUUGGUUCACCCUUUCAGUAUAGAUUAUGAAGGCAUAUGAAAGGACUCGAGAACAAAUAUAUGUUGGAUAGUUAUAUGUCAAAAUAAAAACUUAUAUGAGAUAUCACUAAAGAUUAUAACAUAGAUCUGUAAAUAUUUUUUGUAGUUCACAUCUGAAUGUAUUUCAUUUAUAAUUAAAUGUAGUUUCAAUGAAAUUCUUUUCAGUAAAAAUAGAUAUGAUUAAAUG